UUCACAAUAGGUAUGGAAUCGUAUGGGUACUUGCGGGUCAUUCGUCCGCAUACAGUUCUCGGGAGGCACCUAGUGACAUAAAUGAAAAUCGACCAUAGAAUGGCUCAAAUAUAUUCACUAUUUGCCAUAUUGCAAAAUCCCGGAAAAUCUUCACUAAUCCACAUCCAAUAUAAUAUAAUAAUAAUAUGAUAUAUAAUCGUAGUCAAAUAAAUGUUGGUGCAUUGGAGCGCUUAUUGUUCUUCUCAGGUUUGACCACGAGUUGGCAUUAGUUACAGAACCACUGGAAAACUAAUGAGUACUGGACAGCUGUUUCGUCCUAGUCAGGGACUACGCAACAGUGCGCAGUCGCCAGGGUUUGGCCCCGGCGGAUAUAAGGCGAGCUCAAGUAAUACUAAUGAUGAUAAAAAUACUAAUGGACACUUAACAAAUAAUAACCGUAAUAUAUCACCUGAUUUUAUUAAUAAACGUUCACAUAUCAAUUGUAAUGCUACUGAUUCAGAUGAACCUGAAAGUAAAGUUAUAAAAUCUGAAAGUGAAUGGAAUCCUCGUUUCAAAGGAGACAAAGAAAACACUAAUGUAAGUAGUAUAUGUAUGUGUUAACACACACAAGUUUCUCUUAGACUUGUAUUUUACUUGAUCGUUAUUUAAUACAGUUUGUUUAACCGCUUAAGCAGGAUUUUAACUAAAU